CGAGUGAAAGGUGACGGAUGAAAACCAGAAGUGGGCGCAGCCGGCAGAAACGAGAGGGAGCUCCUUUCCCACUGGGAGAGCGUUCAAAGCCCCCACCGCCCACGGGGCGGCGGGAAGAGCAGGGCUGGUGCUCCCGAUGGGCCGCCAGUCUGGGCCCGCUCCCCGAGACGCGGACAUCUCCCGGGCUGCUCGGUCGAUGCCUUGGCCCCUGACCCCCAGGCAUGAGGUGGUUCCUGCCCUGGACGCUGGCAGUAAUGACCGCAGCAGCCACCGCGGGCAGCGCCCUGGCCACGGCCCUCCCUGCAGCCCCCACGGCCAUGGCCUUCACCCCAGCGCCGCUGGAGGACUCGUCCUCACGCCCCCAGUUCUGCAAGUGGCCAUGUGAGUGCCCACCGUCCCCGCCGCGCUGCCCGCUGGGGGUCAGCCUCGUCACCGACGGCUGCGAGUGCUGCAAGGUGUGCGCCCAGCAGCUCGGGGACAACUGCACCGAGGCUGCCGUCUGUGACCCCCACCGGGGCCUCUACUGCGACUACAGCGGGGACCGCCCGAGGUACGCAAUAGGAGUGUGUGCACAGGUGGUCGGCGUGGGCUGCGUCCUGGAUGGGGUGCGCUACGGCAACGGCGAGUCCUUCCAGCCCAGCUGCAAGUUCAACUGCACGUGCGUGGACGGCGCGGUGGGCUGCACGCCCCUGUGCCUGCGGGUGCGCCCCCCACGCCUCUGGUGCCGCCACCCGCGGCGGGUCCGCCUGCCCGGCCGCUGCUGUGAGCAGUGGGUGUGCGACGACGGAGCCCGGAGGCUGCGCAAGACGGCGCCGCGCCACACGGGGGACCUAGCGGUCACGGGCGAGGCCGAGCCCUGGCACGGGAACUGCAUAGCCCACACCAGCCCCUGGAGCCCCUGUUCCACCAGCUGCGGCCUGGGCAUCUCCACGCGGGUCUCCAACGCCAACGCCCGCUGCUGGCCCGAGCAGGAGAGCCGCCUCUGCGCCCUGCGGCCCUGCGACGUGGACAUCCGUCCGCUCAUCAAGGAAGGGAAGAAGUGUCUGGCUGUGUACCAGCCGGAGGCGCCCGUGAACCUCACCCUCGCCGGCUGCGUCAGCACACGCGCCUACAGGCCCAAGUACUGCGGGGUCUGCACGGACAACAGGUGCUGCAUCCCCUACAAGUCCAAGACCAUCGACGUCUCCUUCCAGUGCCCCGACGGGCCCAGCUUCUCCCGCCGGGUCCUGUGGAUCAACGCCUGCUUCUGCAACCUCAGCUGCAGAAACCCCAACGACAUCUUUGCUGACCUGGACCUCUACCCCGACUUCUCCGAAGUCGCCAAUUAGGCGGGCACCACACGCAGGGCUCGGGCCCGGCCCAACGCGUGCCAAGCAGCCAGCCCUCGGCGGCCCACGGCUGGGCCCUCCCUAGUCCACUUCCCAUUCAUUGCCGGUGACCCUGACCCAGACCCUUGGCCCCUUCCCUGUCUCCGACCACCCUAUGGUUCACUAGGCUGCUGCUCCGGCCCCGGCUGUGGGUCCCGUCCUUGGCAGCGUCCUGCGUGCCCUCCACAGAAAGUGCCUUCUCCGCCUGGUCUGGGCCUGUGUGAGUCACUGUGUGUCCUGAGUCCCAUGGAGCGACUCAGCUGGACAUCCGAUCUCGCUAGUCCCCCCCUUGAGAUGCCAAACAGGAGACUCCUUGGGUCCACGCAACAGCAGCGAUGGGAUUGAGGACAACGGAUCAGUCUACUGCUCAGGCUUUGCCGAGGGGCCCUGUAAUAGACAGUUCUGACCACAGCACCCCAAAGUAUCUCUGAUCCCAAAGAUUUACAUACCCCGAAGUCACCAGACAUCUGCCACGGGAGGCCCAUGGUUCCUGGGCUUGGAUCCACGGAGAACUGUGUCCAUGAAUCCGGGCCUUGCUGAGGCUAAGUUCCUCCUCACUCCUGCGCUGUGAGGGGUACACGUUGGGGUCAUUUCCUUAGAAAUGCCAUUUGGUCAAUUUCAUUCUUGUUCCUGAGGAAAGUCCCCAGUCAGGACUCCAAGGGCAGAGCCAGGUCAGCCCAUUUUCCGAAGGAGUGACGGACGCAGCACGCAUCUGCUGCUGACCACCAGGACGUCCACGGGGGAUGGGCCAGGCUCUUCCCCAAAGCCAGACCCCCACCGGCCUGGGGGCUCAGGGGAGGUGGGGGAGCCCCUGGAUGGCCUCGCUCACCCUGACAGUGGUGUUCUGGGACAUUCUUCUGCACUUAGGGACCUCAACUAAUGUCCAGGCCAGACCCUCCUACAGUGGCCGAGGUCCAGGCCGGGGGUGGGUCAGGCCAGGGGGUGGGUCCAGCCUGCAUCAGCCUGGGUGGCAAGGGCCACCGGGCCCAGGACACACCGUCUCUUUCUGCCUCAGUGACCCAUGUCACAGACUUCGGGUCCGCCGACCCACACGACCCCGUUCUGACCCACAAGACUGAGGUUUACCAGUUGGUUAGAAACAGGGAUCAAGAGCCAAUGGGGUUGCAGCAGAUAGCACGACAAGGCUGUCCCCAUGGCAAGGAGGCCAGUAUUCAUUUUGUUAGUGAACUAGAACUCUUUACUGUUACCUUCUUUCGCUCUGUACCUGCCACACGCCAUGUUCUCGGUGCCUCCCUUGCACUAGCUCACGGACACGUCAGGGUCGUGUUGAAAGGUGCCCAUUACGAUUCCUGCUCUUACAAAUGUGAAAUGGAAGCUAAGAGCCGCGAGGAAACGGGGCCACCGCCGCCCAGCUGGUCCGAGGGGGUCGGGAUUGCAACCCCCGCUGACUGGCCUGAUCACCCCGAUGUCUUUCCUCCUCUCAGAGCUCCCAAGCACAUCAGGGCAGGAGAACACGUCGAAGUCGGCGACUCCUCGCUCUCGUUUUUAUUUUCUGCCCUUCCUCACUGUCUCUCUAGGGCAGUGGUUCUCAACCUUCUGGCCCUUUAAAUACAGUGCCUCAUGUUGUGACCCAACCAUAAAAUUAUUUUCGUUGCUCCUUCA